AAUGCCGAUUUCUACCAUGUCCAAAAUUCGAAGAAUUUUAUCCGACGAAUUGUCUCAACAGGAACAUCAACAAUUUCGAAAGUAUAAUUAAUCGAACAUUUUUUAUUCUCACACUUUUCGAUAUUUCUUUCGUUGAAUCAAAUGUUUCUAGAGGCUUUGUUAUCGGUAAAAGUUUGAAAAAAAGAAAGGAGAAGAAACAACGAAAUCUUAUGCAUAAAUACUAAUAAGGAAGGUCACGAGUAAAAGCUUUAAUUUAAUUUAAUUUAAUUAAUUUAAUUAAUUGAAUCUAAUUAAAUUUAAUUUUGGAUCUCAUCGAAUAUAACUAGGUAAAUAACCUAGGGUAACCGCGCGUUCGUUCGAUGGUAACAUUGAUCGCAGAAAAAUUCGGGCGGAGCGAAUCGAGUAGAAGAAAGACAAGUUGAUACGAGUGAAGAUAUCGGGUAAAGAAGUGACGUUACUUGUGAAAGAUACAAUGAUAAUCUGGAUCGAAAGGAUUAUCGCCCUUUAGUAUUAGCUUACCGAUCCCUUAAUACGAUUGACAAUACUUUGAGAAAAUAAGGGAAAAACUCUGAAAGAGCGCGGAAUUUCGCGCGAAAAUGAGCCUAAACAUAACCAAGUUUUUUUCAAAGAAGAAAAGUUGCAAUGUGGAAACAGUUGCGGAAAUAGGCUUGCCUACGAACGUCUCCCAUCAAUUUCACGUUAGUAAAAAUGCUGAAACUGGUCAGUUGGAGGGCCUACCGCUUCCUUGGAUACGAUUUCUCAACACGCAAAUAUCAAAGUCUGAACAAGACGAACAUCCUGCGGCAGCACUUCAAGCGAUCAAGUUUUACAAUUACUCCAUUAAGCGUAAACCGCAGGAGAAAGUGUUUAAAGCACUUGUCACCGAGAAUCUUAUAGAGGAAGAAUCGGAAGAAAUCGAUAAGAUCUUGAGUAAGAAAUAUCAGUCGGGGGACUCGGAUAGUUCCAAUUCUGCUAGCUCUACCGAUAGUCAAGUACGACCUUUGCCUGAACUUCCACCUAAAGUCAAUAAAGUGCCAAAGCCAGCAUCAAAAAAUAUCAUAGAUAGGAACGAUAGGAUUGAAAAGACGUUGACAGAAAUUCUUGAAGAUCUUAAAGUUUACAAUAUCGAGGAUGAUAGUUUACUUCAAGAAGAAAUAGAGAAAGAGGAGGAAGAACAAGAUUAUAAAAUAAAAGCGGAAGAAAGUCCUGUGUUACGUAGAAAAACGGAUUAUAAUUGUGUGAAACUAAGUGACCAAGAGAUAUUCGACGAACUUAGAUCUAUUUGUCAAAGAGAUAAUCCUACUCUUAAAUUUGACAGAAGUAAGGAAGUCGGUGCUGGUGCUUCCGGUACCGUAUUUGUAGCAGUGGAUCUUGAAAGUAAUCAGAAAGUAGCCAUAAAGGAUAUUGACUUAUCUAAGCAACCAAAAAAAGAACUGAUAUUAACCGAAAUCAAAGUUCUUAAAGAAUUUCAACAUCCUAAUUUAGUUAAUUUCUUAGAUGCAUAUCUUUUAGAUUAUCAUUUGUGGGUAGUCAUGGAAUUAUUAGAAGGUGGACCUCUUACGGACGUUGUUACCGAGACUGUUAUGAAGGAGGCACAAAUAGCCGCCGUUUGUAGAGAGGUUUUGAAAGCAAUAAGUUUUCUACAUAAGAGGGGUAUCAUUCAUCGAGAUAUAAAGUCAGAUAAUGUGCUUCUGGGCAUGAAUGGAGCUGUGAAAGUAACAGAUUUUGGUUUUUGUGCCAAUAUUAAUGGUGAUGAAAAGAGACAAACUAUGGUGGGUUCUCCUUAUUGGAUGGCACCAGAAGUAGUGACAAGAAAACAGUAUGGAAAGAAAGUCGACAUUUGGUCUCUUGGCAUAAUGGCUAUAGAGAUGAUCGAAGGUGAGCCACCUUAUAUGAAAGAAACGGCACUAAGAGCAUUAUACUUAAUUGCUGCUAUUGGCAAACCUUCCAUUCCAAGAUGGGAAUCGCUUAGUCCUACGUUUCAGAACUUUUUAGAAAGGUGCCUUGCUGUGGAAGUGGAUGAAAGAGCAACCGCAGAUGAGUUGCUUUCUCAUCCAUUCUUAGAUAAUUGUGCAGAAUUAACUACAUUAACGCCAUUGAUACAAGCUGCGCAAAGAAUUCUCCAUAAAGUGUAUAAUUGAAUAAUUGUAACACAACUAAUAUUUUUAUAAUUUCGAGUUAAGCACAAUGUUGCUUCUAAUUAUUUUAACAAAUGAUUUUCAUAGGCACUAGAUAUAACAUUUUUUUUCUUAAUGGGAACAUUAAAAAAUUAUUAAUGCAAAAAUUGUUUACCAUUACUAUUGACAGUUUUAUAUAUAUAUAUAUAUAUGUCAUUUAUAUAUAUAUAUAUCGUUUUAAAUCUGGCUUAAUAGAAAAAAUGAUAAUACGAAAAACAGUAUUAUGGAUGUCAAUAAAAUCCAGCAUUUGGGUUUAAGAGUGAUGAAUUGUGGAAUGCAAUAGGAAUACAUGAAUUUUAAUAACAAAUAUUUUAUACUUCAUAAUGUUUAUAAUGUAUUAUUGUCUUUUCUUUUGAAAAAUGUUAUUUACAAACAUGAGACUAUGAAGUUUCUUUUAUGUGCAAUAUACACAUGUGCAUAUACAUAUAUGGUGUGGCGACAUAGCAUUUUAUCAAUUAUAAUGUAUUCUUUAAUUUAGAUAUAAAUAUAUUACAUACAUAAUCUGCCAUUUAAAGAAAAGAGAGAAAAAAGGAAAGAAAAAAUAAAAAAUAAAUAAAUAAAUAAAAAAAAGAAGAUAAAAAUAUAAAUAAAAAAAAAAAAAAAGAAAAAAAAAAAACACUUAAAAUUGUGCUUAUGUGUAUAUUAAUAUAAUGUCAUUUCGAAUAUUGAUUAUAUUUAACACUACAUUUUAUAUAUUCAAAUAUAUUUGAAUUUAUAUUUUAUGUUAUAAACCGUUAUUUUUUAAUAUAUCAAAGGCACAGAUAACAUAUAUUAUUUCAUAUCAUAAAGAAUUAUUGUACUUAUGUUAAGAAUACUUCCACAAUAGUGAAACGUGCACAUAUAAAGAUGAGUGUUAAUUUUUUUUUUGUUAAUAUUUGCUUUGCACAUUUUUCAAUUACAAGAUACAAAGUGCAAUUAUUUUUAUCCUCUAGCGUAUAACGUUUGAAGAUACAGGAGGAGCAUUUCAAUUAAAAGGAGAUACAUUACAUUCUGUGAAUAAUUGAAAUGCAGUUUAACAUUGCAAUUAUAUGGAUGUAUUAUUAACUGAGUAUUAAAUAGUACAAUUAAAUAGUACUGCUUAAUAUGGGUGUACUUUUGAAAAGUUAUACACAAGCAUAUAUUACUAGUUUUAUAGAAUUUUUUCAUACUCGAUAAUACGCUCGUUUUUUGGAAAAAUAUUUUUAUCCACGGCGAGUAUAAUAUCGCUCAACCAAAUAUAUCCUAUUCUUAUAAGUUUUAUAAUAUAAUUGUGUACAUAUAAGUAACGCGUAUCGAUAAUAUUUAUAAGGAUAUAUCAAUUUUAUAAUAAAAUUAUACUAAUGAUCGGUCUAAUCAAUAUCUAAUGAUCAGAGAUAGAAAUUUAAGUAUUAAACUUCAAUAAAAAUCACGACUGUGAUAAAUAAAUUGUUGAAUUUAUUUCCAUGCUAUUAUUCAUUGAUCUUUCUCUCUGUAGAGAAGGAGGAAUUUAUAUUCUAACAUAAUUAUAUUAAUACUGCCGGAUAUGAAGGACCAAAUGGUUUACCUACAACCAUUCCCUGGUUGUUUAUCUUUCGUAUUUUAUAUUUAGAAUUAUUUGUACUUUAGAAAGUUUAAGAAAAUUGCAAACUUUUGAGUUUAUGCCUUAAACGAAUGAAUAGAUGUGUCAUUACAGAAUUUUAUUAAUGUUUAUGCAUUUUAAUCAAAUAAAUAUCAUAAGAUUGUCCAUUUUUCAUUGAAACUAUAAUUAUAGAAUUUUUCAGUAAUCAUGCUUUAUCCUAUCCUCCAUUUCCUUCCGGUGUUAAUUGUUAAAAAUUGUUUGAGGUCGUUCUAUACCUUUCGUUCGUAGCAUGUGUAAUUUCAGUGAUAGUUGUGGACAAAAUCUGAAUUACAAGUGCAAUAAGGAAACAUUGUUCCCAUUGUGCGUCU